CUCCUCUUUCUCUCUCCAUUUCUAAUACAUUUCUCUCUCUAUCUACCUAUCUAGUUUUAAUCUUAUAAUAAUUCUAUUUAUUUUUAUUUUGGUGGGGAGAGGCAGCAAGCUGUAAUUCAGCUUAACAUAAGCAACAAACUAUACCUAGCACUUGCCCUCCAUUCUCUACCCCAAACCAAAAAUUAAAAAAUAAAAAUAAUAACUCAUUUCUUCCUUUCUCUCUCUACUUCCUUUCUCUCUCUUCUCCCCACCACCUCUUUUCAUCUUUCAUCUCAUAAUAUAUACCAUUUUUUUCAUCUCAUCUCAUCUUAAUUAUACACAUAAAAUUAAAAAGAAAAAAAAAAUUAAUUUAUACAUGCUGGGUACUUCUAAUACUUUAUUAGGAAGUUCCGGAGACGACAGCGGUGGUGGUAGCGGUGGUGGUGGUGGUAAAGGUGAAGUUUCUGGUGUGGGUCCUACAAUUAUGACUGCCAUGGGAGAUGAAGAUAAAGGAAUAAGUGGAGCUGAUUUAUUUGAAGGUGACCGAAGUACAGGCGGUAACCGGUGGCCUAGACAAGAAACUCUUGCUUUGCUUAAGAUAAGGUCUGAUAUGGAUGGUGUUUUCCGUGAUUCUUCUCUUAAAGGUCCUUUGUGGGAAGAAGUUUCCAGAAAAAUGGGGGAGCUUGGAUAUCAUCGAAGUGCAAAAAAAUGCAAGGAAAAAUUUGAAAAUGUGUAUAAAUACCACAAAAGAACUAAAGAUGGAAGAGUUGGGAAAUCUGAUGGUAAGACGUAUCGAUUUUUUGAUCAAUUAGAAGCACUUGAACAACACCAUUUAUCUUUACCAACACCUUUACCCCAACAAUCUGGGCCGCACGUGACACCACGAGCGGCGGCGCAGAUGUCGCAGGCACCACCACAAGCUGCGGUGCCUGUAACAAUGGUAAUACCAGCUGGAACGAAUCCAGCUAAUAUUACUGUUACUGUUCCAUCAAGCCCACAUCAUAAUAUUCCUAUAAGUGUUAGUUCUAUAAACCCAUCACAACAACAGAUGAAUUUGGUACAACAGCAGCAUAAUCCGGCAAUGGCGAUUCCGACGCAUAGUUCGAUUCAGAUGGAGAACGCGUCGUCUCCGUCGGCAACGCAGUCGUCGUCGUCGUCGACAUCGUCGGAUGAGGAAUUGUUGGGGAGGAGGAAAAGGAAGAGGAAAUGGAAGGAUUUUUUUGAGAGGUUGAUGAAGGAAGUGAUUGAUAAACAAGAGGAAUUACAGAAGAAGUUUCUAGAAGCUGUUGAGAAAAGAGAACAUGAUAGAGCUGCUAGAGAAGAAGGUUGGAAAAUGCAAGAAAUGGCUAGAUUGAAUCGUGAACAUGAUAUUCUUGUUCAAGAACGUUCCAUGGCUGCUGCUAAAGAUGCUGCUCUUAUUGCUUUUCUUCAAAAACUUUCCGAUCAACAACAGAUUCCUCUUCCUGUUCCGAUCCAAGCCCAAACCCAUACCCAAACUCAAACCCAUACCCAACCCGAAUCACAAGCACAAUCACAAGCCCAGAUUCGAUUGGCGGUGCCGGCAGUAGCGCCGCCAAUCACCACGACUCAACCACAAUCAGUAUCGAUAUCACCGCAACCAUUGCAACAGUUAAUGCCUCAGCCGCCGCCGCCACGACCGCAACCGCAACCGCAGCAUAAAAUUCAGGCGCAAGAAAUUCCGGUGACAUUACCAUCACCAACACAGCCACAAUCAAUGAAUCAGUUACAGCAGCAAGCUAUAGUGGUGGUGGAGAAGAUGAAUAAUAAUGGGGACAAUGUAGAGCUUCAAAAGGGGAACAAUGGAGAUAAAGAUAAUCUUCAAGCAAGUUCAUCAAGAUGGCCAAAAGCAGAGGUACAAGCACUGAUAAAUCUGAGAACAAGUCUAGAUCAAAAGUAUCAAGAAAACGGGCCGAAAGGCCCGUUGUGGGAAGAGAUCUCAUCUUCCAUGAAAAAACUGGGUUACAAUCGGAAUGCGAAGAGAUGCAAAGAAAAAUGGGAGAACAUUAACAAAUAUUUCAAGAAAGUUAAGGAAAGCAACAAGAAACGUCCAGAAGAUUCCAAAACUUGCCCGUAUUUCCAUCAAUUAGAUGCACUUUACAGGGAGAGAAACAAGAUGGAAAUGAAUUCACCGAACCCAGCAGUUCCAAUGGCAAUAAGUUAUGGGCAACAACAAAUGAAGAAUAAUGAAGCUCCAAUAAUGGCGGAACCUGAACAACAAUGGCCGCCAAUCCAUCAUGGAGAUCAAACAAUGGAGGAACCAGGAAGUGAUACAGAAGAUGAUGGUGAUGAUGAAGAAGAUGAUGAUCAAGGAAAUGGGUAUGAAAUUGUGGCUAAUAACAUUGUUAAUGCAGGUUCAAUGAACACCCCAACUACCGCCUCAAGAACUGCAACUGCUGAGUGAGACACAAAUCACAACAGAAUUGUGAUACCAAAAGAAAAAAUAAUUUAAAUUUUUUCUUUUUAAAAAAAAUGGAUUGGUUGUUGGGAAGCAUGAAAAAAUGGGGAUAAAUUUUUAUUUUAAUUUUUGAAAAUUUCUUUUUCUGGGUUGGGAUUUGGAUCUAAAAUGAGAGAAAGAAAAAAAAUAUACUUAUAUGUUUAUGGGUGUUAGUGACACUUGAUAUCCAAAGUGGGUCAGAGAUGAUGAAAAAAAGAAGAGAAGAGAAGAAAAAAUGCGGGUCAAGUCGGGCCAGAUCUAAAGGGGUCGGGUUUCAGCAAUUUGUCAAAGAGGACAAGAAUUGGGAAAAAAAGUGUAAGCUAUUAUUUUUGGAGGACAGUAAUUUUUUUUUUUUUUUUUUUGUUAUUUGUUUAAAUUUUGAUAACUUAUUUAUUGUUUUGCUAAAUAAAUAAAAUGGAGAGGGAGAGGGAAAAUAGAGUGAUAAAUUGUUUGUGGGGAUAAAAAAAAAAAUGGGUAUAUGGGUAAACAUUAAUUAAUGGAAUAAAGAGACUAUUUAGAGAGUACUCUUGUUUUUAUUUAUUUUUGUUGAUUAAUUGGGGGGUGUAAAAAUCUGUACUUUGUUCAUUUCUGCUUUUGUUAUUGUCACAUGAGCUUGUUAUACACUAGUUUUCAAUCUUUUUAUUAAUUCACUUUGUUACAAUUCAAAUUUUUCCAUUUAUAUAACAUUUAUUUUAGUAAUUUUCUUUUUAUUAUAAUCUAUUAUGUUAUUGAGAAUUUCUCACAUUACUAUAUAUAUAUAUAUAUAUAUAUAUGUUUGGUUUG